AUGGACGGGGAGGUGCCAGACCGGGCACAGGGCUCGCACGGGCUGGAUUUAGAGCAGAUCCGGAGGGAGCUCGCCCUGCUUGACAGGUGGAGGGACAUCUUCGGCCGCCCUGGGUUGGGAAGCAACAAUGCUGCUCCUCAGGAGCUCCGGCACAGCCUCCUGGGGAGCGCGCAGGCCUUCAGCGCGGACUGGCAGCGGGCCUGCUUCCGCUUCCACCGCCCCGCCUCUGCCCUGGCCUUCGCGCUGCAGGUGGACAAGGGGGGCGCCCGGAGCGUCCAGAUGGCCGUGCAGGGCUUCAUCCUCAAACACCUGCUGUUCCCCGCGCAGGGCAGAGGCGCCGCGCACAGCCUCUCCGCGCUGGGCCCCCCGGAGCAGGACCACGGCCUGGCCGCAGCGCUGACCACCGUCCUGUGGGCUGCAGGGGCGGCUCGCAGGGCCACCGUCUGCCUCGACGCCUCCACGGCCAACGCCCCCGGGGAUGACAUCACUGAGCGGCUCUGGCUGUUUGAACUCUCCGAGAGGGACGCCACCGAGCGAUUCAUCUACGAUCAUUUACGAUGUUUCCAAGGGGAAGGGAGCCGGGGCGUCGUCCUGUUCCUGUGCAGCCUCGUCCUGUCCAGGACGCUCGAGAGCCUGCAGAUGGACCUGGACGGCUCCACCCCACACCUGCUCCGACCCCACACCGGCGGCUUUCUGUGCAGACAGGCAGCCGUGAACCUCAUGCUGACGGGCAGAGCCAGCCCCCACGUCUUCAACGGGUGCCAGGAAGGACCAUCCGGGGACAGGCUGCAGGGCGUGCAGGGCCGCAGCGAGGUGGGCUACCUGCAGGGGGGCAGGGACCCCUCGGAGGAGCACAGGCCUUCUCAGGUGGGGAGCAUGCUACAGACCCCCCGGGUUCCCAUCUGGCUGUGCAACCUCAGCGGGCACCACGGCGUCCUCUUCAGCAGCGACAGGCAGCUCGUGGCCCACUGGAAGGCAGAGCGUGUCUUCGGGCUGUGUCUGUACAACGGGCAGUUGGCACACCUGACUGUAGAUACCCACGCCCACCCCUGGGAGAGCAGGCGGCGCGAGGAGGAGCGCAGGCCGGGCAGACGCUGCUCUCCGCUGGAGAUGGCCAUCAGGACCAAGUGGACUGAGGCCAGCGUCCACUGGGCCGGACCCGCGCCCUCGGUCUGA